GUCAGUUGUUACUCAAGCGUGUUCUAUCUAACAUGCUCUUUAUUAAAACUAUUUAAAAAAACACAACAACAAAAUUGUUUUUAAGAAAAAGAUCGUGAAAACGUGUAUUAGUAUACGACGCAUAAAGACGUAUUGGAAUAUCGUUUAAAAAAGAAUCAUUCGGGUUGUAUUGUAUGUACAUAUAUUAACUCAUUAAGUCAUUAAACUAAUAUUGAAAGACUCAUUAACAUCCUGUGCCACAUUUUCGGAAUCGUAUUACGAGCAUAUAGAAUAACAAAACAACCAAUCGAAAGAAAAAAUGGAUUCAGUAUCAAAACCAAUUUUACAAUACCCAGACAUUCGCAACAGGGUAGCCUCCGUUUUCAAUGACAAAACGUUAUUUAUAACGGGAGGAACGGGAUUUAUGGGAAAAGUAUUGAUUGAAAAGCUUCUCAGGUCUUGCACAGGAAUUAAAAAGAUCUAUCUACUAGUCAGGGAAAAAAAAGGAAAGAACCCUCAAGAAAGAGUUAAACAAAUGUACGAAGGAGCUUUGUUCGGAAAGCUAAGAGAAGCUCAGGGAAACAUCGCUUUUAAUAAAUUAGAAGCAAUAAGUGGUGACGUGACGGAUCUGAAUUUGGGCAUUUCGGAAAAAGACAGGAAAAAGUUAACAGAAGAAGUUGAAAUCGUUUACCACUGUGCUGCAACAAUAAGAUUCGACGUCCAUUUGAAACAGGCGAUUAUUAUUAAUGUCAGGGGUACCAAGUACAUGUUGGACUUGGCCAAAGAAAUGAAAAAACUAAAGCUGUUUGUCCACGUUUCCACAGCUUACUGUCAUCUCCAAGAAAAAGUAUUGUACGAAAAAUCUUAUCCUCCACCUGCAGACCCUAACAUAAUGAUCAAGUUGGCUGAAUGGCUAAAUGAAGACAUUAUAGGUUCAAUCCAAGACAAGGUUUUGGGAAAUUAUCCCAACACUUACGCUUAUACCAAAGCUUUAGGUGAAGGCUUAGUGGACCAAGAAAUUGGUAAACUACCCGUUACAAUAUUAAGACCAUCUGUUGUUAUACCAAUAUGGAAAGAACCAUUACCUGGUUGGACGGACAAUAUAAACGGUCCAAUGGGUCUGUUAAUAGCCGCUGGAAAGGGCGUUUUAAGAACGAUGUAUUGUGAUCAAGAUGGAUAUGCUGAUUACCUUCCUGUAGAUAUUUUAGUCAAUGGUUCGAUUGUUGUGACGUGGUACUAUUUAACGCAAAAACCAAAAACCUAUUUUAAUUUUACAAGUUCGUCAGAGUAUCAGAUAACAAAUCAAGAGAUUAUUGAAAUAGGUAGGAGAGUUAUCGCAACCAGGAUGCCUCUGAAUGGUGUCGCUUGGUAUCCAGGCGGAUCUAUGAAGAGAUCGAGGUUCAUACACAACCUUUGUGUUAUCUUCUACCAUUAUCUACCAGCUAUUAUUUUAGACACUUUUAUUUGGUUGAGUGGAAAUAAACCAGUUCUAUGGCGGGUGCAGCAAAGAAUCACCAAGGGUUUUGAAAUUUUCGAAUAUUAUGCGAAUAAUCAGUGGGACUUUGAUAACACGGAUACGCUCCAAUGUCGCGCAAUGUUAAACGACUUAGAAACGAAAGAGUUCAAAGUUGACGGAGUCGGAAUCGAUUUUGACGAUUAUUUUACAGAGUGUGUCCAUUGUGCAAGACUGUACAUAUUGAAUGAAACAGACGAUACCAUACCAGCGGCAAGACGACAUAUGAUAAUAAUGUGGGCAGUUGACAAGCUAUGCAAAAUGUUUUUAUUAUUUUUAGCAGGGUAUCUAAUGUUAAAAUACGUAGUUUUUCCAAUUUUUGUUUAGUUUCAUACUAAUUGUUUAUUAGAAACCUAUUACUUUUAAAUUUUAUUGUUAACGUUUUAUUAUUUUUGUUAUAUGUGUUGUAUUCUCAAUUCAAUAAAGGAAAAGUAAUCGAUUUGCUCAAAGCGCGUGAUUGUGGGUAAUAUACAUAUGUAUGUGGAUCAUUAUUUUAAUUAAUUCGAUGAAUACGACUACUUUUUUUGUUAAUUAUUUAAUCAAUAGUAAAUCAUUAUUAAAAGUG